GGAGCAAUAGAUGGAACUGGAAUGGAUAUUGAUGAUGCUGCUGAUAUGGAGGAUGCAAAAGCCAAUGUCGUGGAGUCUGAUAAAGAAAUGGGCAAACGGAAGCUUUACUUUGGGUCUCAAGCUUUGAAUUAUCGCCGUGAUCAAAUGGAGAUAGUGUCACCCAUAAAGGAUGGCAUUGUAAAUGAUUGGGAUAUGGUGGACAAUGUAUGGGACCAUGCUUUUAGGAAUUGUCUAAUGAUUGAUCCCAAGGAACAUCCAAUGCUGCUAGCAGAGCCCCCUUUGAACACAGAACAACAAAGAGAAAAGGCAGCUGAGAUAAUGUUUGAAAAAUACAAAGUGCCAGCAUUAUUUACAGCAAAAAAUCCUGUUCUUACAUCGUUUGCAUCGGGGCGAGCUACUUCUUUGGUUGUUGACUGUGGUGGAGGAUCCACGACUAUUUCACCAGUGCAUGACGGUUAUGUUCUUCAAAAGGCUGUCAUAUCAUCUCCAAUUGGUGGAGACUUUCUCACUGAUUGCUUACUGAAAAGCUUGGAGAGUAAAGGGAUUAAAAUAAAACCUAGAUACUCUUUCAAGAGAAAGGAAAUACGACCAGGAGAAUUUCAGGUUACAGAUGUAGAAGUUCCUGAUACCACAGAAAGCUACAAACUCUUCUGUCAGAGGAUGAUAGUAAGUGAUAUCAAGGAUUCUAUUUGUCGAGUUCCAGACACUCCGUAUGAUGACAAAUCAUAUUCGAACAUUCCAACAACGUCUUACGAGCUUCCUGAUGGCCAGACACUUGAAAUUGGUGCUGAUAGAUUCAAAGUCCCUGAUGUUAUAUUCAACCCUUCUAUAGUUCAGACUAUUCCUGGAAUGGGGAAUAAUACAGACAUGCUUCAUUCUGUUCGAGGGUUACCACAAAUGGUCAUAGAGAGCAUCAGCAAAUGUGAUGCUGAUAUACGCAGAGAGUUGUAUAGUAGCAUACUGCUGGCUGGUGGAACAUCAUCGAUGCAACAACUUAAAGAACGCCUCGAGAAGGACUUGGUAGAAGAAUCUCCUCAAUCAGCUCGAGUAAAAGUGUUGGCAAGCGGUAACACAACAGAAAGGAGAUUCAGUGUGUGGAUAGGAGGGAGUAUAUUGGCAUCACUAGGUUCAUUCCAGCAAAUGUGGUUCUCCAAGUCUGAGUAUGAAGAGCAUGGAGCUUCUUACAUCCAGAGGAAAUGCCCUUAAAAGCUGAUUGAGAUCAAGAAAUGUGUUCGAUAUUGGUUGGUGUAUUAAUAUAGUAGUAGUUGGUGUGUGUUUUGCCGUAAAAUGACCUUAUCCGUCUCCAAACGUUGGAUAUAUAAAAACGUGUCGUAAUUUUUUGUCACAUUAAACUGUAUCCAAUGAUGUAGAUACACGUGUUAACCAUUCGAUAUGAUCCAAUAAUGUAAAACCACGUGUCAGCAUCUGGUCUCUCUCUCUCUCUCUACACAGAUCCUUCCUCUGGACGGCAAGAAUCGCCGACGUGCCCCUUCUCUUCUUUAAUUUUUUUUCCUUUUAAUCGGAUUCUCCCAAUUUUAUUUUCAUUUUCGACAGAUUCUUCCAAUUUUUGGAAAUUUUGGAUUCUGGAAUCGCGCGGUUCUUGUGGGUCUUUGCGUUUUCCUUUAUAUCGGCAAUAAAUCUAUAUAGAUCGCGCGAUUUAGUCAAUUUCUCAAGCAUCCAGAUUUCUUCUAUUCUGGAAAAAAAAUUGUUUGCUUUCUUUUUUUCAGGUGGAUAAUUUUUUUUUUUCUUUCUUUGUCGUUUUCCUGGAAAAUUUUUGUGAAUAACGGCGACAAAAUCGACGAAUCGGAUUGUGGUUUCGUUAAAAAAUUUCAAUUUCUGAAAAAAAAAAAAAAAA